CCCGUGCCAGGCUCUGGCCAUCAGUGUCGCGUCUGUCAAAGCCGAGGAAGCACCUUCACUCGAAGACCGUUUUAGUAAAUUACAAACUAGUAAACGAGGAUGGUCCCCCGCUGCAACGGCGGGCUGCUGGUGUUCCUGGCGGUGGUGGGGGCGGCGUUACUGAACGAGGUGUCCAGCUUGGGCAGGAAUGGGCGCCCUCGCGUGGACCUCAACGCUCGGAAAGAGUACUACAGGCAGAGGUUGACGGAUGGGUGCAUCCAGCGCCCUCCGCCUCCAAAUUCUCCCCCCCUCCCAACGGUGCCCAACUCCUUCAUCACGGACCUCGAGAUCGCUUUUCAGCGAGAAGACCAACAGAGAAUUGUCUAUGGCAAGGAAAUGUACGACGGUGUUGUGAAGAGAGGCGUGCUGGAUUACCGCUUAACUGCGGGCAUCGUGCUGACGCGACCCUACUUGCUGUCGGAGGUGAUCCACUACAACGUGCCCAUCGACGAGGCUCUCUUCGUCCUUACCAACGAGGGAUGCUCCGUCACCGGGCAGGAAAACUGCGACACUACCAAGUUAUGCAUUGCCAAAAAGAUCAAGGAUGUUAGUUUGGAACUGCAGGAAUUAUUCGGGUUCGUGGCUGUGGCCGGGGAGAGCGGGUUCAUGGGCGCCACGGGCAUCCUGGAGUUCGGGCCGCAGUUCAACUAUACUGCGAUGGAGCUCGUGCAGGACUGCCAUGGAAUCGACUGCGACGUAUUUGAAACUUGUCUGGAUAAGCCUGAAGAGGGAGUGUCCGUCAUGUAUACUUACUAUUGGUCUAAUAAAGAGUGGAACUUGCAAAAUAACAAGGAACCAGUGCCCAUAGCCGUCGAGAUCUAUGCCAAUGGCGCGGUCGCUGGCCACACCGACGGGGAAAUUAUGGUGCGAUAUGAUUUCUUUGACUUCCGACGAGAAUUUCGUCCAUCGCGUUAUAUCCUUGAGCCCCCACAGGACGUCUAUUGUACCGACAGGAAGACCUAUCUUAGUCCUCCAAAGACCGUCCAAUCCUUCAGCUACAAAUCAGAACACAUCACUGGUGUGGACAUACCUUUUCCAAGCGGAGAUAAUGAUACAUUUCUCCUGCGUUUUCGUGGAAUAUUUCCUAAAGAUGAAUGGUACGACUGGGACACGAGGAUCACCCGCAUGGACUACACUCCCUUCUACGUUAUAAGAAACGAACGUCGCUUCGAGAACUUCACCAGACGAGUACACGACUUCAAUCAAGGUUUGGCCUACAUAAUCAAGCCAAGACUGAACUUCUGCAACAUCACCAAAAUUGAAAAUGUGACAAGUUGGGGAGACGUGAUGGUCGGGGAAGACGGCUCCGUUUUCAUGCAGAGUCCUUGGAACUACGAGGACCUUGACGAGCCCAUGCAGUACAAUGGCAUUCACUGGGAGCGCGGCUUUGAAACCGAUGUUUGGGUCGGCGUCAAGAAGAAUCCGCAUCUCGGAAUUAAAGAAAAUUAUGUUUGGUACUUUGCCUCGCCUUUGACCAAUGAAAUAUUAGGACGCCAAGGGCCUAAACUACCAAGUUUCCAAACACUCGACAAGGUCCCAGUUAAAUUGGAGAAAUACAUUUCACUGAUGGAGGGGUUCCCGCACGUCAUCUACAACAUCUACGACUACAACUCCGAGGUGCCCCACACGCACAAGCACGACGUGUCGCUCUGCUUCUCCCCCAGUCAGAUGAGGCACUUCAAGUUCGACCUCCCGGCCAACUCGCUCAACAAAACCUAUUACCUCAGAGAGAACGUCAAGUACGCGACGAUGCAAACGCUCGCCGAAGCUGCCAAAGUUACGCCCAUAAGAAUUAAUCGCCUGGAGAUAAACGAGACAUCUGCGGCUCUUGAAGUGACGUUUACUGUCCUGGAGAAGCCGUCGAUCGUGGGUGACGUGCCGGGCGCCGGAAUGGACAGCAGCAUGGACGAGGCGGUAGAGCUGAUCCGGGCCACCCUCGACUCAUCUCAGCUGGUCGUCCAGGUCAAGAUCAACAUAGGAAUCGGGGGCCUGAUUGUCGACAAGAAACUCGUUGGCCUACCAGGGACGCUUCGGGAGAUCAGCAGAGACGAUGGUUUCAUUCGUGGGAAGGAGACCCUCGUCGGCUACUCGUCAGGUGACAUGGCAGGGUUGGCCAUCGGCAUGAUCAUUCUGGGCGGCUUAAUUGGCUACGGAGCAAUCUACUUUUAUCUAAAGAAGCAGUAGCUCAGACCUGUUGAGGUUUUAUGAAAAUACCAUUAAGUAGCACUAGCCUUAAAUUUGCCAAAUCCCGUACUGUACAUCGUAAAUCGUGAGAAACAUUUAACUUCCUUGAAUGUAAUUAGACCGACUUUCUUACUUUUAAGCUGAUGAAAAGCAUUGCUUGUGUUAUGUAUAAUUCAGAAUAGAGACCUUCUGGUCAAAUGCCAACGGAACUCCGUACUAGUUUACAACAUAUGAAAAAAAUGUAUAAUACAAACAAACACACACACAUAUCUGUAUCUUCCUAUGUUUUUACCUAUAUAUCUUUAUAUGUAUAUAUCUAUAUAUCUAUAUAUCUAUAUCUAUAUAUCUAUACAUCUAUCUAUCUAUCUCUUUGUCUCUCUAUAUAUUAUUAUGUAGCAUGAUUUUUUUGGAAUCACAGCUCUUGUUAUCCUGUAAUUUUUCUGCAAUAAUAAAAAAAAUGAUGUUCUUUA